AUGAAUGGGAUAUUUGCAGUUUAUAAACCUUCUGGAGUUUCUUCUGCCCUGUUUUUGCAGGAUGUGCAAGAUGUUUUCACCAAAUCACUGGUAUUUGAACCGCACUUAGAAGCUGCUAAGAAUGCUGUAAGAUUCAAUUUAGGGACCAAUAAGAGAAUGUCUAAAGAAAAAAUUGAGAAGAAGGCUAACCAAUUAAAAGUUAAGAUUGGCCAUGGAGGUACUUUGGAUCCUCUUGCUAGUGGUGUUUUAGUAGUUGGAGUUGGAUCUGGUACAAAGAAAUUACUGCACUACUUACUUGAAUGUGAGAAAACAUAUGAAGCUAAGGCAUUAUUUGGAAUUUCUACUACCACAGGUGACUCAGAAGGUGAAAUAAUUACUCAAAAUGCUAUUGAUCAUAUUACUAAAGAAGCUAUCAAUGAAACAGCAAAGAAGUUCAUUGGUGAUUUGAAACAGACUCCUCCAAUUUUUUCAUCACUUAAAGUAAAUGGGAAACCUUUGUAUGAAUAUGCAAGAGAGGGAAUCCCAUUGCCUACUGCCAUUAAAGUAAGGGAAGUGAAAGUAAAGGAUUUUAAAAUAUUCGAAGAAGAUUCCUUAAGAACUGAUCAUGAAUUCAAAAAGUUGGAAAGUGAACUCGAUGAGAAUGGAGUACCGAAGGAGCACGGUUUAGCAAAUAAUCCAACUUUAAAUGAUUCUCCAUUAUAUUUCUCUACUCAAUAUUUAGAGGAAGCACAAAAGAAUAAUUUACCAACUGAAGUAGGUAAUCCAAGACAAUUAAAAGAAAAUGAAAGUUUACCAGAAAAGUUACCCCUAGUACACUUUAUCGCUGAUGUAUCAUCAGGUACUUAUAUUAGAAGUUUAAUUAGUGAUUUCGGUAGAGCUCUUGAAUCUUCAGCAUACAUGGUUGAAUUGAUAAGAAAGAAACAAUCUGAAUGGGAAUUGGGUAAGAACGUUUUUACCAUUGAAGAUUUCACCACCAGAGAUGAGAAAGUCUGGGGUCCUGUGUUGGAGAAAGUUCUUGAACUUGGAGGUGAUAUAAAUGUCGCUAAAGCGUUUGAAGAAGCAACUGCUAAACUCAAAGCUAAAGAGGUGUCAGACUCUGUAGAAGUUGAGACUACCGAAGCUGAUGGGUCGGACGUUUCCAAAAAGAGACCUAUUUCCGAAGUAGAGUAG